UGGUUGAGGAACGUCGAGGAAAUGGAGGGGGGAAUGUUGAUGGGGUAUUCUCGACUUGCUGCCAUUAGUGGGAUUACGCUGUUGGUCCUUGUGGUGGCUGCUGGGGCCACGGACUGCGGAAAGCCGUUGGAUCAGUGCGACUUCUAUUUCAAAGGGUAUGACAAGAACGUUCCCUUGCUCAGGCUCAAAAAGAAGGGAGACACCAAGUACUUCUACGCCGGGCGACUCAUGCACAAAGCAGGGGUAACCGACGUAGAGGUAACACUACGGUUUGGUGGCUUUGCGUUCAUCAUGGCAAACAACUACAAUAGCAACAAUGGUCCUUUCAGAGGGAAUUGCUACAACUGUGGCCAGUCUGGCCAUAUCUCGAGGUUCUGUCCCGUAGCUGAUAGGAGGUUCAAUGGUGCUCCGACGAGUUCUGCGAUAGUACCGUUCAAUGCGUCUGUUGCUGCGAACGCAUCGUAUAGUGGUCAGUAUGCAGGAGCAAGCUAUCUUAAACAGCGAGUUGCUACGUUAGAGGACACUGUCUUUAAAAUUAAGACAAAGCAUGAGGCAGAUGAGGCAAAAGAGAAAGCAGACACGAAAGAAGCUGAGAAGAAGAAGCGCGAGCAGGAAGAUGAAGAACGACGUGAGCGAGAACGACGAGAUAGGGAGUCUUUUCACGGAACUAUUACUAAAGAACUGUCCACAAAGUUGGAUGCCGUGGUCGGUGCAAUAGAGAAGAAAGUUGACGAAAGUGAAGUAACUCACCUUAAGGCUGAGAUCGAGCGGCUGAAGUGCGCACAGUCGGCUGCUGGUCCUUCGUCAUGUGUUAUCAAGCCACCUACCGAGAUCGAGCGGGAGCAGGCGGAUUUGACAAUUGGAGUCCGAGCGGCGGAUUUGACAAUUGGAGUCCGAGCGACGUUUUGCGAUUCUUGAAGACGAAAUUGCCAAAGCCAAUCGGCUACGAGACGAAGUUGUGGCCGACGCCGAGGCAUGGAAGAUCGAGGCCCUUCGGCCUGGCAACAAACGAGGGAACCUGGU